CCGAGGUCAAAAGGUAUACAUCAGAACACAUCGGAAGGAAAGUCACAGACGAUAUAAUAAAACAUAUUUAGAGUAAUCAGGUUCUCUAAAGUCCUGCCAUUGACUGCAUUGUCGUUGUUGCCACACGAGCAGAACAAUAUGAAUCCACUCAGUUCAGAGAAGGAAACAUUGAUGGAUGAAAUUGAAAAGAGUUUAUGGAAUUUAACUGAGGACAAUUUACGCUACCUGUGUGAACGGUGUGGAAUGGAUGGCUCUGAAAUUAAAGGGAUGAAUCAUCGCUUAUUAAGGCGUAAAGUCAUGGAGGAAAUGUGGGACAAUACGGAGUCAAUGAAAUCAGAGGAGCAGGGAAUGUCUUGGUUAGUCCAACUGAAAGAGGACAUCAGGAGGACACAGGAGGAGGGUAGCAGUGCACUCAUGAGUCCCGGCCAAUCAGAUGACGUAGACCGGAAUGAAGAACACAACAAGGGGGACAGGGAUUGGUUGCCUAGCAACGGACUGACAGCGGAACCCUUGCAUCCCAGCCAAUGUGAUGAUGAUGCUGUAGACUGCGAUGAAGAUUGGAAUGAAGAGGGAGGAGCUGGGUUGCUUAGCAAUGGACUGGAGGCGGAGUCAGCUCCAGAGAGCCACAGUUACGACAAGCCUCCACCACCCCCCUCCCCUCUCCCAGAGUCUCCGGGUCGUGCCUCUCCCAGCAGGGCAGUAUUGUGUGGUCUGAAGAGGGUGUCUGUACGGCUCGACGACUGCAGGAAGACACCAAGGCAGAGUAGCCAUAUAAUACACAAGACAACACAGACGGGAGAGAAACCCCACAGCUGGUCUAAUGCUGAACAACACAAAACCCUCUCAGGAGACAGGCCUGGCUCCCACAUCUGUGAUCACUGUGGGAAGAAUUUUGUCACAGCUACGAAUCUGAAAACACAUUUACUGUGUCUGUCUGGAGAGAAACCUUACAUGUGCUCUGAAUGUGGAAAGAGAUUCACGCAGGCCGGCAAUCUUAAGAGACACCAGAGAACUCAUACUGGGGAGAAGCCGUUUGUUUGUCCUCGUUGUGGGAAAGACUACAAUGAUUCUGGAAACUUAAAGAAACACAUGAGGUCCCAUGCUGUUAAACAACACACAGGGAACCCCAAAGUGAAACCUUACCUCUGCUCUGAUUGUGGGAAGCAAUUCAUUGGAAAACAAAGCCUUGAAUAUCACCGAGAGGUUUUUCACACAGAUCACCCUCACCGCUGUGGUCAAUGUAAGAAGAGCUUCAUAACUGCAGGAAGGCUGGAAUCGCACAUAAAAACAAGGCACCCGCCAAGUGAUCCUCUGAAGAAUCCACAUGUGUGCUUGGAAUGUGGAAGGGGAUUCCCUGUGGCUGCUAGUCUUAAAAGACACCUGAGAAUUCAUUCUGAGGAGAAACCGUACUCCUGCCCUCAGUGUGGAAACAGUUACAGUGAUCGUGGAAAUUUAAAGAAACACAUCAGAACUCACACAGAAGAGAAACCCUACCACUGCCUGGUGUGCGGGAUGAAGUUCCGUCAUACAAAAACGUUACAACGGCAUCACCAGGAGAACCACAAGGGGGAGACACUGGGUCCCAUCCACAGGCACCAAGACCCUCUUCCAUGCCCCCACUGCGGGGAGGUGUUCUCUACCAAGGCUCUUCUAAAGGAUCAUGUACGGACCCACCCUAGCCGGGUCCACUGCUCCCAGUGCGACAAGACCUUUUCCAAUAAAGGUAACUUACUUGUUCAUCAGAGGAAACACACUGGAGAGAGGCCUUACCUUUGCCCUCAGUGUGGGAAGAGUUUCUCUCUGGCAGGUAGUCUAAAACUUCAUCUCCGGAUUCAUGCGGGUGAGAAACCUUACUGCUGUACUUACUGUGACAAGAGAUUCACAAGGAAGGGCCACUGCAAUAGCCACAUGCGAAUCCACACUGGAGAGAAACCGUACCAAUGCCCUGACUGCGGGAGGAGGUUUGCUGACGGUAACGUCCUGAAAAACCACCGGCGUACCCACACAGGAGAGAAACCGUUCCAGUGCCGCAUGUGUGAUAAAGCCUUCGCCCAGUUGACCAGUCUGAAGAAACAUCAGGAGACACACAGCCAUAAUCACACUGUAAGAUAAAGCCUUGGCCCAGUUGAGCAGUAUGAAGAAACAUCAGGAGACACAAAUCCAGCCCGUCUCUGUCGGGAAUCGCUACGUACCAUACAAUCAGUCCAUCCCUAAUACUUACCCACCCUGUCCCUUUGGCCCUCACCAUGUUGGCAGUUCUAGGGAGGGAUUUGGGACCAGGGGACUGAAGUUACCAGAGACAAACAGCUGUAAAUACAACUUUGUAUCGCCGACUUCCUCUCAUUAGGGGCCAUCGGAAGGCAUUGGAUCAGGUGUCUUCUUGAUCUCUGGUUUUAAAAGACUUGUCAGCAAUCUUACCAACCAUGACCAGUUCAUUUUAAAUGACAAAUGUGGGUAUCCUGUUAGCCUGACAUCCAGACCUGUUAGCCUGACAUCCAGACCUGUUAGCCUGACAUCCAGACCUGUUAGCCUGACAUCCAGACCUGUUUUGUGCUAAAAUUCCACUCUCCAUGCCAUGUUUGGCAUAUUAGAAUUAGAAAACUGGAUACUGUGUGGAAUGUAAGCACAACUAGACUGCUACCCAGGCUAAUAUCUUGUAUGUCUAACAAAUCAUAUUUUUUUUCUGUCUCAAACUGAAAUGAUUCUGCUCGGCUCCCCGUUCAAGUUGAGUUUACAUUUUAGCCCUGGAGUUUUGGUAUUAACUGUGGAUGUUUAGAUAUGUUGUCCAUUUGAAUUUAUUGCUGAACCCCAACUACAGUUAAUAAAAAUGGUGACAGCAA